UUACGAGUUGGUAACACUGAUCUCCAGAUUUGUGUGCGCCGGCAUCGCACGUGAACGUGUCGCAAAAAUCUCAAAAAAUUAGUGAAAUCAUCAUGUCGGACGAAUAUUUUUAUGGUGUAACUCUAUCGGCUUCACAUCAGUCGGAGACAUGGGACCCAGAGGCGAAGGCUGAGUACCCUCGUAGCAACAAGCUGCUCAUACGUCAAGCCCUCUUGGGUCCAGAUGCCAAGCCUGAUGAACUUAAUGUUGUUGAGGUGGAAACUAUGUCACUUCAAGAGACUGUCAAGAUACCAGUAGCAGUACUGAAAGUGGGAGAGACAAGGCAUGCACGUUUGGAUAUUGAGUUCCCGGAUGCCCCAGUCACUUUCACUCUCAUCCAGGGAUCAGGGCCAGUGCAUUUGAUUGGCCAGCACCUACUUGGUGCCCUCGUGGAGGAGUUUGAAGACAUGGAGGAAAUGGAGGAAGAAAUGUUGGAUGAAGAGGAAGGAGAUGAUUCUCAAUUCAAGGAAGAUGAGAAUAAAAGGAAAGCAUCAGCAGGAAAGCGCAAGACCAAUGAGGAUGAGGAUGAUGAGGAAGGUGAGCCCAAAGGUAAAAAAGCGAAAAUGUCAAACAAUGCUAAAGGCAAGGCCCCAUCGCCCAAGAAGAACGCCAAGAAGUGAACCGCCUGCCGCGCCCGCCCCGUUGGCUUGCGUCCGUUCGCUCUUUGAUGCGCCGCACGCGUCCGAAAUUCGUCAAACAGACCAAUUCCAUUUAAGACUGACUACAACCUCGAUCAUUAAACUUUAGGUAUAUUGUACCUAGUGUAAUUAUACAAAUAUUUUGGAUUACUUGAGUAGCACAGGCCAGUUGUAGGUAGUGCGGCGUGUCAAUGAGCGGAGCGGGCGCAGCUGGCGGCCGGCGUAUCUCUUAGUUGUACGUUAUAGUGUGGUAAUUCAGUCUAGGUUAGCAUUGUAUCGACUUGAGCGUGUCUGGAUGAGUGCAAGUGUGAGUAUUUGUACGUGAUAGUUAUUUACUGGUCGAGGUAUCUGCAAACUUAUCGAUCCGAUCCUGCGUGGUUACCGGUGAUCGAAUGUGAUUUCUUCACUUUUUUUUUAAUUUUUCUAAUCUAAAUUUCCAUUCCUUACUGUGGUAUAGUGUUAUGGAUGUCAAAUUUAAUAUUAAAGUAAGUCUUAAAUUCACAGAUGUAUUUUUAAGUUAAGACAUUAAGCAUAAUCAGUGUACUUUUAAGACAUUGAUCAUUUUUGUAUGGAGUAGCUACCAGUCGACAUGUAAUUAAAUUUGCUAACGAUUUCUCAUUUCAGAAUGAAAACUGAUAAGCUAUUAUAGUUUGUUUGUACAUAUACAUUAUAAAAGCGUAAGACGGUAACAAUAAAUAAAAAGCAUUUCUAAACAUU